AUGAGACUGUCUACAAUUAGGCAAGUUAUAUUCUUGGCGUCAGCUAUAGACGCCGCAGCAGGCUCUUGGGCCACUCUCCCCUCGUCUGCCACAAUCCCUGUCGAAGAAAUCCAAGUAACAAUCCCUCCUGAAUCCCUUCGAUCUUUACAGCAGGAUCUCUCACGAGUGCCGAAUUUCCCUCUAACUUACGAGAAUACCCAAACGGACUUGCGAUAUGGUGUUAAUGCAAGUUGGGUCGCACACUCCACCGCCUACUGGCGAGAGUCGUUUGACUGGCCAAAGUUUCAAGAACGGAUGAACAAACAUCCCAAUUUCAUUGCAAAUUUGACUACUCCGGCCGGCGAUUCGAUUGGAGUGCAUUUCAUGGGGCUUUUCUCGCAGAAGGCUGAGGCAAUCCCAGUCGCAUUUUUCCAUGGCUGGCCUGGAGCUUUCCUCGAGUUCAUCGACCUUCUCGACGUGAUUAAAACACAGUUUAACGCCUCGUCCAGUCCGUAUCAUAUCAUUGUGCCAUCACUACCUGGCUUCACUUUAUCUUCAGCGCCAUCCCCGGAGAGCAGCUGGGGAACUGCAAAUACGUCUGCUUUGAUGGAUGACUUGCUAUUGGGGCUUGGGUUCAAAAGUGGCUACAUCGCACAGGGCGGUGAUAUCGGUUCGUUUGUUGCCCGAACAUUGGCGAUGACCUCGGAGAGCUGCAAAGGGAUUCACUUGAACAUGAUCCCAAGCAUCAAGCCAGAUUCCGCUCCGCCAGUCACCAAUGAUAGCACCAUCACCCCACAAGACCGUGAGGUUCUUGCUCGGUCCCAAGAAUUUUUCGAAACGCAACAGGCAUAUGCCAUUCUUCAAGGGACCAAACCCUCCACUCUGGGUUUCGCCCUUCAUAAUAACCCAGUUGGUCUUCUUGCCUGGACCGGCGAGAAGUUCAUGGCAUGGACUGACCCGUCUCAUCCUAUCGGGCUAGACCAGAUCCUCCAGUUCGUGUCCAUGUACCACCUCACGCAAACAAUCUCACGGAGCUUCUAUUCGUACCGCGAGACCUCCAACACAAUCACGCCCGUUUUUACCCCUUCCCCAUAUAUCAGCAAGCCGAUGGGAUACAGCAGAUUCCCAUAUGACAAUACCGGGGUGCCGGAACGUUGGGCUAGAGAUCUUGGAAAUUUAACGUUUUACAGAGCUCAUACGGGUGGCGGCCAUUUCGCUGCUCUGGAGCGACCGGAGCAGCUCUGGGACGAUGUUACAAAUUUUAUAAAGGGAGCAUUCCCUCAGGGACACUUUUGA